GGAGGUUGCUCAUUGGUUCAUACUAACCAACUGUGAUGAGGUUAUUCCAUUCUUAGAGGAGCAUAAGGCAAUAAUGAUGCUCAGAAAUGCUGUGAACAUAGAUAACAUACACAGAAAAUUAUUUCCAUCUUGGUUUCGUGAACGGGUUCGAAGAUUAGGAGAUGAAAAUUCCCCAUUGUAUAAUGAGGAGCUAUUUGAGUUAGCAAGAGGGCCUCUACGAGCAGAAACAUAUCAAGGAUGCGUUGUAAAUGGAGUAAAGUUUGUAGUUGCAGAACGAGAUGACAAACUAACCACACAAAAUAGUGGU